GAAUAAACAUGAAAUUUAAAGCAUAUACAGGAAUUACGUGGUCCAUUUUGGAACUUACAGGUCUUUUGGAAGAUGAAGAUUGUUGUGUGUAUUUUGAAAAAUUUACAAAACAUUUUGGUUUACAUCCAUUCCAUUUAACAAAUAUAAAUGCUGCUUUGAAUGAAAUUUUAAGUUCGAAUUUAAAUUCCUAUGAUACUGAUUUAAAGGGAUUUUUGUUAGCUUAUAAAAAUCCUAAAUUGUUAACACCAUUGGGAGAAAUAUUUUAUGAUUCAUGUUUCAUUCAUGUUGAUAUUGAAGCAGAUUUUUAUAUAUUUAGACCUAAGCUUGGGUGUACAUUGAAAGGAAUAGUGAAUAAAAAGGGAUUGGAUCAUGUUGGGAUACUUGUACAUAAAGCAUUUAAUGUGUCAAUUCCAAAAUCAGAUAAUGAAGAAAAUUGGCCAGGUGAUAAUCUUGAAAUAGGCCAAGAAGUGAGAUUUCAAGUAACACUUCUUGAUUUUACAAGUAAAUUACCAUUUAUUCGUGGAGUUUUAAAUUCAGAUGAUUAUUUACAUGGAUGUCGAUUAAUGCAUAAAAACAUUAAUAAUAAAUCAUCUACUGAAAAUAUUAUUCAAAAUGAAAUUUCAGUUAAUAAUGUUUCAGAAACAAAUACUAAACAUACAAAGAAUACAUAUUUUACAUCUGAGUCUGAUAAAAAUUCUUCUGAUGAAAAUAUAUCACAAAUAAAGAAAGAAAUUGUUCAACAAAAAAAAUCAAAGAAAAACUAUGAACAAGAAGAGUCAAUUAAAUAUUGUGAAAAAAAGAAAAAAAGUAAAAAAAAUGAUAAAAAAAUUAAAGAAAUCAAUGAAUCUAUAUCUAAAUUGGAAACUAUACAUGAUUAUACAAAUGAUUUUCAUUCAAAUGAAAUACUCGAAAAUAAAUCUAAUAUAAAAAUAAAAUCUGAGAAAAGAAAAAACUUAGAUGAUAUUGAUACUUCUUUAGAUGAUUUCAGUACAAAUAAAUAUGUAAGAAAUUCAAUAAGUCCAAAUAAAAAAAGUUCAAAGAAAAUUAAGUUGGAAGAAUCUAAUGAUAUAUAUGCACAUGAUAUAAAUGAUGAAGACUCUUCAAGGAAACAACAUAAGAAACAUAAAAAUACUUCAAAAGUGAAUGCUUUUGAAAAUAAAACAGACAAAGAAAUUAAAAUAGAAGAAUUAAAUGAUACAUACAUACAUGAAGUAAAUGAUGAUAUAAAUGAUUCUUCAAAAACACAACAAAAGAAACAUAAACAUUUUCUAACAUUAAAUGCUUUUGAAAAUGAAAUGGACAAAAAAAUUAAAGUGGAAAAAUUAGACGACACAUAUAUGUAUGAAGUAAAUGAUAUAAGAGACUCUCCAAAAAAACAACAUAAGAAACAUAAAAAUGUUUUUAAAAAUGAAUUAGAAAAAGAAAUUAAAAUAGAAAAAUUAAAUGACUCAAAUAUUCAUGAAGUAAAUGAUAAUGUGAUGAAAAAUUCUCCAAAAAAACAACGUAAAAAAAAUAAACAUUCUUUAAAUUUGGAAACUUCUGAAAAUGAAAUAGAUAGAAAUGUUAAACUGGAAGAAUGGAAUAACACUGAUUUACAUGAAAUAAAUAAUAGUACAGAAAACUUUUUAAAGAAACAUAGAAAGAAUAAACGUUCUAUAAAGAUGGAAAUAUCUGAUAAUGAAACAGAUAAAAAAAUUAAAUUAGAAGAACUGAAUAAUACAUAUAUAUAUGAUGUAAAUGAUGAUAUAAAAGAAUCUCCAAAGAAACAGCAUAAAAAGCAUAAACAUUCUAUAAAAUUGGAAUCCUUUGAAAAAGAAAUUAAGAUGGAAGAAUUAAAUAAUACAUAUGUAUAUAAAGUACAUGAUGAUAUAGAAAGUUCUCCAAAAAAACAACAUAGAAAACAUAAACAUUCUCCAAAAUUGGAUAGUUUUGAAAAUGAAAUCGAUAAAGAAAUUAAGAUAGAAAAAUUAAACAAUACAUAUAUACACGAAGUAAAUGAUAAUAUGGAAGAUUCUCCAAUAAAACAUAAGAAGCAUAAACAUUCUAUAAAAUUAGAAUCUUUUGAAAAUGAAAUAAAGAUAGAUAAAGAAAUCAAAGUGGAAGAAUCAAGAUAAAAAAGAAAAUAACUAUUAAAAUUAUUGAUAUAUUUUUAACUUGCUAUUUUCAUAUUUUUAAUGUAUAUAAAUGAAAUAUUUUCUUUUAUGAUUCAUCUGACAAAAAUAAUUGUAAAUAGCUUGAAAUAAAUGUAAACUAGACAUUUUUAUUCAAAAUUUAUAUUUUAUUUUGUGAGUGAAUUGAUUAAAACAUAUAAAAAAAUUAUUGAUGGCAAAA